UCCCAGCAUGCACCGGGGCCACAGACACACACAGCUACAGAGUGGAGAGUGUGGAGCUCCGAGAGGAAGAUGAAGAUGAUGAAGAGCUGGAUGUGGCCUCUAUGCCCUGGUUCGGACCCUCUCAGCCUGCAGGUCCUGUGGUUCCGCUGAGAGCCAAUCGGAUCGUGUUUCUGCCGCUGUGGAACAACGUGGACUACAGUGGGGGGUGUGGGGAAGCCCGCCCCUGAGGAGGAGGAAGAGGAGGAGGAAGAGCAACGUCCGGCGGUGAGCGUGUCGGAACUGCGCGACUCCUUCCUGUGUGGUCGCCGGGGCGUUGCCAUGGGCGCCGUCCAGCAUCAGCUGAUCGUACGCAUCAUCAACAAGUCCCACCUGAUGUAUUAUGGGAAACCAGAGCGGAACUGUGAGUGUCCGUAUAAGGCGGUGUUGGAGGUGUGUGACCGGACAGGAAGUGUGUGUGUGGUGUUGUGGAACAGCGUGUGUGUCAGCUGGUAUCGGCGUCUGAAGCCCGGUGACAUCAUCAGUCUGAGACACUACAGAGUCAAGCAACGUUACCAGGCCGAGCCAGAAGAUAUAGAGAUCAGUGUGAACAGCAGGAAUCCCACCGCUCGCAUCGCUGUUCUCCCAGAAUCCUCUGUUUCUCCUCAAUAUGUCCCACAGGCGCCCAACUACAGCUUCUAUAACAGUCUGGAGCUCCUGGAGUGUCCUCAAGGUGCUGUGUGUGAUGUCAUCGGCCUACUGACCUUCUCAGGACGACCCGAGCGAAUCAGGAGCAAAGACGGCAGAGGGGCGGAGCUUUUGGAGUAUCGCUGGCUGCGAUUGGAGGACGGGACGAGCAAUCGGCCAAUCAUGGUGAAGCUGUUCUCCACGUCUCAGCCGGAGUCCCACCGCAAGCUCCACCCACUAACGGUGGUCGUUUGCACCAGACUCAAGCUGAUCAGAGCUGCCGGUCGGACAGACAGCUGCUCCUACCUGACCAACACCACGUACACUCAGCUCUACUGCACAGGCCUGGGCGACCACUCAGAGAUGAGCUACCGUACGCUGCGGCCGGUGCGGCGCUUCCUGCGGUGGCUGCGGAGCCAGGAAGACGCAGCGGUGCUGAGCAGGGCUCUGAUUGGAGGAUGCUUCGUCUACCCGCCCCCGCCCGUCUCCUUGGAAACGUUCAUGAAAGGCAUAAGAGGUGAGCCGGGGUUCCUGCGGGGGUCGGAGCUUCAGAGGGAGAUGGCCAGGCUCUGUUACCGGGAGCGACGCACCUUCUGUAUCCAGGCAGCUGUUACUGUGGUUACUUACAGCCGUAUUGGAGAGGAGGAUCGCUGUUUGUUUUGGACAGACCGAGCUUCAUCGUCCCCCUCCUCUUCCUCCUUCACUCGCCCCUCCCCCUCCUCCUCCUCUUCCUCCCCCCUUCCUCCCCUCUGCACCCCUCGCUCGUUCAGACCUCCUCUCUCCUCCUCCUCCUCCUCUCUGUCUCCGUCGUCUUCGGCCGUGAGUCAUCUGUCGCCGGGCAGAUCAGGGUCGGCGAGGAAGAGGAGGCAGCUGCUGCCGGCUGAAACGCUGAAGAAGAGACAUCCGUGGGUCACAGUACAGCCGGAACCCAACAAGACAGUGGUUCUGUUUGAAGCCUCUAUGGAGUUCCUGGAGAACUGGCUGAGAGAUGAAGAUGAAGGAGAAUCUUUGAUUCCUCUCUGUUACUACUCCUCCCGCGUUCGACCCGCCCUGAGAGGGAGGAGCAGGCGGUGA